AGGUUUGAUUUGAAAUCGUAAAAGAAAAUGGCGUCGUUUGUUAACGCUGAAAUGGGAACGCGUGAAUUUUAUGUCGUAUUAUUAGAGUAAAAUUGUUAUUAAUACACCAGAACGUUAAAUGUUCCGGGUUAUAACGUUCAGUUGGUUUAUAAUGUGUUGUUUGUUGAAAGUUGGACGGAGGUUUUUUUUAGAACAUAACUAAACUUUUACGACAGCACAGGGACGGAAGUGAAGCAUUAUCGUACUAAUAAGUAAAGAAUGUGUGAGAGACAAAUGGACACUCUGGGUUCCAACGCUUCGCCAUCUUCGGUCAUCAGCUGUGGAAGAGUCGGAGCUGAAAACGCCUCAACUUCAGAAACGUCAUCAGAUUUGGAUGGCAUGAAGUCUUGUCUGGCAUCAAACACACAACAGAGCAGUGAACAGAAGAAGGUGCAGAAUCGAGUGACGUUUCAGACGGAGGAUGCGUGUGCAGAAGAAUCUUCCCACAAGUGUCCUGUGCGUCCGUUACUUGGAUAUGACUGGAUCGCGGGAGUCUUGGAUGUGCAAAACACUUUAGCAGAAUACUCUGAUGACUUCUACAAUGAACUGCAAGCGUUUCGAACAAGCAAUAAAAGCGAGUGCAUCCACCAGCCACAAUCAGACCUUGAAUUUUGCAUGGAUAAACACUCAAUCCUGCCGAUGCUUGCAGACACUGCCAGGCCAGAAGCUGACACGCAAGUUCAUGAGUGUACAUUCUCUUACAAACUCAACGACAGAUUGUUCCCCGUCUCGCUUCUCUCUCCGGAGUGUUGUCCUGUGUGCAAAAGAGAAAAAUCCUCACACCCGCACACCAUGGGUGAUCCAGCACUCGUCAGGGUCACCAUCCCUCGCUUUUCCGUCCUGCCUCCUUACAAGUACAAAAUACAUCGCCGCUGCAGCUUCGAGCCAUCUGACAGUUUGGCCUUACCAUCACACUGCCUUUUGGGCUGGCCUAACAGGGUUCAAGGCUUCUUGCUCCCGCCAAGCAACCUGGACCUGCGCAGUCACCUCGUUAAGAACAACUUUACUCAGCUACAAGUUGCAGAACGAGAGGAUCAAGUGACCAAAAGCAAUCGCUCUGACCAGACACCAGCUCUCUGUCGAUUGGCUCGGUUUCACUUCCAGCACUUUUCCCCCAAAGGAAAUUUAGGACGUUUAUCUUCCACCAAGAGCUGACAACAGACCCUCAAGUGUUUUUUUGGUUGUUUUUUUUAACAAGACGAUUAUGGCAACUAUAAAGCUGUCAAACCUUCAUUGUGUUUCUUGUGUAUUUUCUUGUCAAGCAAUGAAAGUCAUUGUGACUUUAAAUAAACAUUGAAGUUGGAUCA